AGUGUCAUUGGUUGAUAAUGAGUGUUAUGUUGUCAUUCUUUGAGUACAAAAAAGUACAAUACUGUCCUUUGCCUUUUGGUUACAUCAUCCCAUGUGGCUUUAAAUUAGCCAUCUAGCUAGACAGAGAGAGAGAAAUAGUGUUUCCUAAGUGAAUAAACUCAAGGUUGCAUGAUGGGUAUUAAUAAUAUAUGCCGUUGAUACAUUUGUUGGCUUAGUGUUGACUUUAUUAUUUGCAUACUUGAGAAAAAAUGGGAAGCAGAGAUAGUUUCUCUUCAAUUGAUGAAUAUAGAUUUGAUCCCAAAUGGUUGAUUGAUCCUCAACAUCUUUUUGUUGGGCCAAGAAUUGGUGAAGGAGCUCAUGCUAAAGUUUAUGAAGGAAAAUACAAAAACCAAAACGUUGCGAUUAAAAUUGUUCAUAGAGGUGAUACACCAGAGGAAAUUGCUAAAAGAGAAGCCCGGUUCGUGAGAGAGGUUGCUACAUGGUCUAGAGUCCAACACAAGAAUUUAGCAAAGUUUAUUGGGGCAUGUAAAGAGCCGAUGAUGGUUAUCGUUACUGAGAUUUUAACAGGAGGGUCAUUGCGAAAAUAUAUGCUAAGUAAACGACCCGGAAGCCUAGACAUGCAUGUUGCUAUUGGUUUUGCACUCGAUAUUGCUCGUGCCAUGGAGUGUCUUCACUCUCAUGGAAUAAUUCAUCGAGAUUUAAAACCGGAAAACUUGGUGUUGACAAAGGAUCAAAGAACACUUAAACUUGUAGAUUUUGGAUUAGCAAGAGAAGAGACGGUGACAGAGAUGAUGACAGCCGAAACGGGAACUUAUCGAUGGAUGGCUCCAGAGUUAUAUAGUACUGUCACUCUAAGGCAAGGAGAGAAGAAGCAUUACAACCAGAAGGUAGAUGCUUAUAGCUUUGCAAUUGUACUGUGGGAACUUUUACACAACAGGUUACCAUUUGAGGGUAUGUCAAAUCUACAGGCUGCCUAUGCUGCAGCUUUUAAGAAUGUGAGGCCAAGUUUGGAAGAUCUACCGACGGAUUUAGCAACUAUUCUAAGUUCAUGUUGGAUGGAGGAUCCUGAUUCUCGACCAAACUUCAGUCAAAUCAUACAAAUGCUGCUACAUUAUUUUUCCACAAUUUUGCCAUCAAGGCCUGUAGUCGCUUCUCGGCUUUUCGCAGCUGAAAAUGCUCCGAUGUCUCCUGAAUCUCCGGGUACAAGUGCUUUGAUGGCUGUCUGCAAUUAUACAGGGGAUACACCAAGGGGAGAAAUGGAAAACAAGCCAAAGGGUUUCUUUUUCUGCUUCAACCAGUGCUAUUAGUGGUUUUGAUGAGCAAAUCACAAGGUGAAAAGGUGAAGAACGUGUAUUUUUUAAAACGGUGUGGUGUUUUUCCUAAGAAAAAUACUAACUUUAUCAUCUUGUAAAUUGAAAUCUGUUCACAUGAUAUAGAUGAUGUUCCCUUCUCCAA